UAGAGGAAGAGGAGCUCUGCACCAAUCAGGAGGAAGAUCAGCUCCACCUGAAGCAGGAGACUGAUCCGGUUCUGGUGACUGUUUYAUAUGAAGAAAGUGAACCAGAACCAGACAAGGAGCAGCUCAUCUCUCAGAGUUCUGCUGGACCUGAGGACCAGGAUCAGAAUUCAAGGUCAGAUGAGAAGAUGGAUCAAACAGAGGGUCGUCAUGGUAACCAAGCAGACCAAUCAGCAACACCUGAGAGGUUUUCUUGUGUGAUCUGUGGAGAAAUGUUUUUAGAGAAAUCACUACAUUCCCGUCACAUCAAGGUCCACAGAGUCUGGAACCAGAACUCUGAUAAACUGAUGUAUAGUUGUCCCACCUGUGGGAAAAACAUGUCUGAUUAUAGUCACUUAAUUGGCCACAUGAGGGUCCACACAGGUUUGAAGCCAUUUUCUUGUAAAACAUGUGGGAAAAGCUUUACCCAAAGCUCCAAUCUUAACCGUCACAUGAAGAUCCACACAGGAGAGAAGCCCUUUAUUUGUAAGACUUGUGGAAAAAGUUUUAACCUCAAAUCCUAUCUAAGGGGUCACAUGAGGAUCCACACAGGGAUGAAGCCAUUUAUUUGUAAAACUUGUGGAAGAAGUUUUUACCAAAAGUUCAAUCUUAAACGUCACAUGAGGGUCCACACGGUAGAGAAGCCUUUUGUUUGUAAAACUUGUGGAAAAAGUUUUUACCAAAAGUUCAAUCUUAAACGUCACAUGAGGGUCCACACGGUAGAGAAGCCUUUUGUUUGUAAAACUUGUGGAAAAAGUUUUUACCAAAAGUUCAAUCUUAAACGUCACAUGAGGGUCCACACGGUAGAGAAGCCUUUUGUUUGUAAAACUUGUGGAAAAAGUUUUUACCAAAAGUUCAAUCUUAAACGUCACAUGAGGGUCCACACGGUAGAGAAGCCUUUUGUUUGUAAAACUUGUGGAAAAAGUUUUUACCAAAAGUUCAAUCUUAAACGUCACAUGAGGGUCCACACGGUAGAGAAGCCUUUUGUUCUGCUGAGAAGAUUCCUUUUGUUUUGCUUCGGACAACUUGUUAUCGACAGUGGUGGGCAGCACUAA